UUAUCAUCGAGUCAGCCAUGGCGGUAACCUCCACUUCUCUAGCUUCCCAACUCGCGGGACCCACAAACUUCUCCGGCCUCCGACGCUCCUGCUUCAAGCUCGACCACUCCAACUCACUCUCACCCACUCAAUCCCUUUUCCAACACCUCCAUUCCCAUCUCCGCCUCUCUUCCUCUCGCAAGGGCUCUAGAGCCGUCGUCACCAUGGCCGGCACCGGAAAGUUUUUCGUUGGUGGGAACUGGAAGUGUAACGGCACAAAAGACUCAAUCACCAAGCUGGUCUCUGAUUUGAACACUGCAAAAUUGGAGGAUGAUGUUGAUGUUGUUGUAGCACCACCCUUUGUGUACCUUGAUCAGGUGAAGAACUCAUUAACUGAUCGCAUUGAGAUUUCUGCCCAAAACUCUUGGGUUGGAAAAGGCGGAGCUUUCACGGGGGAAAUUAGUGUCGAACAAUUGAAGGAUAUUGGUGCCAAAUGGGUUAUUCUUGGACAUUCAGAGAGAAGACAUGUUAUCGGCGAAGAUGAUCAGUUUAUAGGAAAGAAAGCGGCUUAUGCCUUGAGCGAGGGUCUUGGAGUAAUAGCUUGCAUAGGGGAACUAUUAGAAGAAAGGGAAGCUGGAAAAACUUUUGAUGUCUGCUUUCAACAAUUGAAAGCUUAUGCUGAUGCAGUGCCUAGUUGGGAUAACAUAGUCAUUGCUUAUGAACCUGUAUGGGCUAUAGGUACCGGAAAGGUGGCUUCACCUGAACAAGCUCAGGAAGUGCACACAGCCCUUCGUGACUGGCUCAAAAACAAUGUGUCAGCAGAAGUAGCAUCUAAAACAAGAAUUAUUUAUGGAGGGUCUGUAAAUGGUGGAAAUUCUGCUGAACUCGCGAAAAAGGAAGAUAUUGACGGUUUUCUCGUCGGGGGCGCUUCUCUAAAGGGUCCUGAAUUUGCUACCAUCAUAAAUUCUGUUACCUCUAAGAAAGUUGCUGCCUAAUUUUACUCUGUUUUCACCUACAAGUGCAAAAAUAAGGGAAGAGAACUCAAUCCAAGCAUAAUAUGAGAAAUGUAAAAGUACGAGUGAGUUUCAUUGUAUGGGGUUUUUGUAUCAAUUUUGAAUGUCUUCCUCAUUAUGAAGAAAAUAUUAUUUGAUUUUCAUGUAACAUCAUAAUGAGCAUAAAUAAUUCCUGAACAAUAUAUAUUGGGAGUGUAUUUCAGGGUUUCUGUUUUCUGGUUCAAUGUGAACAAAUUAUUUGAUUUCUAAA